AUGCCCCCAAAGCAGGUCGCAACUCCCCGGCCCCACGGCGCUGCAGACGCCACCACCCCAGCACCUCCUGCUCCCAGGCCGCCGGUGACGCGCUACCCGUGCGCCGCAGCACCGCCCCGUAACGUCAUGACGCCUGCGCCGCCGCCGUCGACGCGGUUACAUGAAUCUUUUCCCAGUAACCUGGGCGUUAACUGUGGAUGUUCACAAGGAUUGUCUUCAGUCAUGGCCUUGGGUUUAAGGUGCUUCCGCUUGGUCCACCCUGCCUUUUGUAACUCCCUUGCUGCCUUGACCAGACCUAUUUCAGAAGUUACGCUGAGGGCAGAGAGUGGGAGACAGAAUGGCCAUGGGCAGUACAUGGCCUGUCCAGCUGUACCAGUCCGUCAUUUUGCUACCAAGAAAGCCAAAGCCAAAGGGAAAGCACAGUCACAAACCAGAGUGAAUCUUAACACUGCCUUGGUUGAAGACAUAAUCAGCUUGGAAGAGGUAGAUGAAGAAAUGAAGUCUGUGAUGGAAGCACUAAAGGAUAAUUUCAAUAAGACUGUCAAUAUAAGGACCUCACCAGGCUCAUUUGAUCGUAUCACUGUGGUAACUGCUGAUGGGAAGCUUGCUUUAAACCAGAUUGGCCAGAUCUCCAUGAAGUCACCACAGCUGAUACUGGUGAAUAUGGCCAGCUUCCCAGAGUGUACAGCUGCAGCUAUCAAGGCUAUAAGAGAAAGUGGAAUGAAUCUGAACCCAGAAGUGGAAGGGACACUAAUUCGGGUACCCAUUCCCAAAGUAACCAGGGAGCACAGGGAAAUGCUGGUGAAACUGGCCAAACAGAACACAAACAAGGCCAAAGAAACCUUACGGAAGGUUCGUACCAACGCAAUGAAUAAGCUGAAGAAAUCAAAGGAUACGGCCUCGGAGGACACCAUUCGGCUCAUAGAAAAACAGCCUUGAUUUUUGAAUAUGGACAGGAGUGGACUAUUGGAUGAGCCUCACUCAGCCUGCCUGGAAUGAGGAAAGAUGAGGCCAGGCGCUGUGGACUCCUGAAGGGGCGUGGAGGCACCAAGCUGGCAGUCAGGCGGGCAAGCUCUGGCCCCCUCACACCACGGACUUCUUAUGUGACCUUGGGCAGAUUGAUGAACAUUUUAUGCCUUGGUUUUUUCCUCUGUAAAAUGGGAAUACCUGUCCCACUCUCCUUAUAGAGAUUAUGUUUGUUGGAUUUGAGUGAAUUAACAAAGAACAAAACACUUCUGCAUAGUAUGAACUACUGUGCAACUGUCAGGUGAAAUAACUACAUAUUCAUAAUGUAUUAAAGAGAGGCGAUAAUAGGAUUUCGUAUGUUUUGAGGGUUAUAUGAACUAAUGAACGCCAAAUUAAUAGCUCAGUGUCCGGCGUGUAGGGAUACUCAGGAAGCGGGAGCCCUUGCCAGUAUCCUUGUCGUCGUCAUCAUCAGUAUUUUAAGAAGCCUGAUAAAGAUGGAAAAGACAAACUUGGAGGCAGACUGCCCAAGGGCACUUUGUGUCUAUAAUGUGGUAGAAAGUUAGUAAAUAUUUUCACUAAUUGAUUAAUUUGAGAAGUCAGGAAAUGAUAGUAAAAAUCAGAAUAGCACAAGCCAUGUUUGCAUACCAAACACCCGUUAAAAUGUGCUUGCGUAUUCAUGAACUGUUUAACCCUCUGAGGAAGGGAGAGCAUCCCCUUUUGAUAGAUGAGAAAGCCAAAAUUCUGAUUGGAGAAGUGACUUGCACCUGGUCACCCCACUGAGAAUUUAAUUCAGAACCCACAUUAUCAAAUUAUUACCCUAGGUACUCUUCCUUCCCCUGUCCGCAUCCUUGUCCCUAAACUACCCUCAAAGCCGUUUUUCCAGAGGCGGCUUACAGCCCUUGUUCAUGGCUGCCUCUGGGGGUUGCUAGGCUGCAGGUGCUGGAGUACUGCUGGGUACCAUGCCACCCCCCAUGCAGGCAGCUGCUCAGGGGUCGGGGCAAAGAAGCAUCCCAGGAGUUUGCGGAAGGCUGAGCAGGAGGAACCAAGCAGCCGUUCUGAGCCCAGUAGCUCUUCCCAGUGCCCAGCAGCCUGAGAGGCUUGGCUUUCCCAGCUAAAGAAUGCGCAGCUGUUGCUAUGGCCAGAGCCUGGCUGUCUCCCUGCCUGGGACCAAUUGCUCCAAAUCCUUUUUGGUUUCUACCCUUCCCAGUGCAUUUAGUUCCCAGUUCUUGGCCAAGGUCUGUGGUCUGCAAAUGAAGAUGUCAAACAGCCACUGUGCUGCUGAAUACAGAUUCUGAGUACUGUGCUGCCCCCUUCAAAGCUUCCCGCCUAAGGCUUCGUGCCUUAGGUCCCUUUUAGAUAUGGGAGGGAAACUGCAACAUGUACUAAAUUAUACUGCGUUUGCAUUCUGUUUUUCAUUCUUAGAGGGAGUACAUGUUUAUUGCAGAAAAUUUGGAAAAUUAGGACAGCACAGAAAACUUUAAUAAUUAUUCAUUUAGUAAAUACACUUGCUAUGCACUAAGUCUUAUGCUUGGUGUGACAGAUACAGACAUGAAUAAUACAUUACCCAUCUUCCCAUCACUAAAAGAUAGUCACUAUUAAUAUUUUGACAGAUUUCCUUCCAGUUUAAAAAAAAUGCAUUUUUUUACACAUUUAAGAUAAUUUUUACAUAUAUACACAAUUUUUUAUCCUACUUUUUCUUUAGUUCAAGGGUAACAUAACCAUUUUUUCCAUAUUACAACUAGUAUCUUGAAACACUUUUUUCUGAUUACAGAAGCAAUCUGUGCUUGUUAUAAAACAUUCCAAGAUUUCAGAAAUAUAUACUAGAAUGUUAUUCAUAUUUAUAUCCUUUCCAUGAGAAAUAGACAAUCUAAAGCAUUUUUAAUGGUUAUAUGUAUUCAUCUACUUCCUCAUUCUACCACUUCAGAUUUUUUUGAUUUUUUUUUUU